UUCCUAAUGUAAAGACGGUCAUCAUUAGCAAACGAUUAGGAUUUCAGUUGACGGGCUUGCCCGUUGCCCCGAAGGGUUCAUGCAAUGAGGCAAAGGCCGGCAUACAUCGCCGUCACAAAUCUUGGACCAUAACACACCCUCCUUGUCCGACGUAUAUCGUAACGGGUCUGGCUCGAAGAGCCAUAGCUGAGGCUCUUCAAAUCAAGACCUUGCACAAGAGAUCUCUUCGUAUCAUCUACCAUCCGGUUCGUCGACCGCAAACAGCUUUGUCAAUCUCAUUUCACCAUGGCACCUACAACUCGGUCUAAACAGAGCACCCCGGAGAGGCAGAAUGCCGGAUCCUCCUCAUCGACAUCUACCGCAGUCAAGUCCCAGACGUUGGAUGGAGAGAAGGGGCUCAGAGUACGAGAAGGGAGUCGAGCGAGGCAGGAAGAUGUCGUAGAUCCGAACUAUGCUCUCGGGCUGGCGAAUCGCUCACAUGAAAACGUCUACUUGUUUGUCCCGAAUGUCAUUGGCUACAUUCGGGUCGUCACUGCCGCCGCCUCACUAUACAUCAUGCCGACGCAUCCGAAAGUGUGCACAUUCAUCUACUUUAUCAGUUGUAUUCUGGAUGUGUUUGACGGAAUGGCCGCGAGAAAGUUGGGUCAAGAGAGCAAAUUCGGAGCCGUAUUGGACAUGGUCACGGAUCGCUGCGCUACAGCUUGCCUGUUAUGCUUCCUCUCGGCUACUUACACCAACCACUCUCUGCUCAUCAUGUUCCUCAUCACUCUAGACUUUUCAUCCCAUUACAUUCACAUGUACAGUUCUCUAGUGACUGGCUCAUCAAGUCACAAGGCAGUCACAUCCGACGUAUCCAGAAUUCUAUGGUACUAUUAUCACAACAGGAAUGUUCUGUUUACCGUAUGCUUCGCCAACGAAGUAUGCUUCGUUUGUGCCUACCUCGCAUUCUACGAGAAGACUCCGAUCCACUCUUCUGUCCUCAUCAAAUACCUGUCUCACCUUCUUCCAGUCCGUCAAAUUCUUUAUCAUACUCCAGCACCUCUGGACUACCUCCUUGAGACGCUCGGAAAUGUCACUUGGGCUCAACUCGUCUUUUGGCUGACUGCGCCGGUCUGCGCCCUCAAGCAAGUCAUCAACGUCGUUCAGUUCUGGAAAGCUAGCAAAAUCCUGGUCGGAGUGGAUCUUGCUGAACGACAAGCGGCGCGAGAAGCCGCAGCUAGGGCGGCUAGAGGUCGAUAAACGUAUGCACGAUCGAUCACGGCGAGCAAAGAUGGGACGACGUGAGAAGACGAAGGAUCUCGGCUGACAGAGAUCAUGGCGAGAACGAUGUGAGACAGUCGGACUCAUGUCGUACGAGACAAGAGGGUGGAACCGCGAAAGUGCUCUCUUUGAGCCAGGUCGACAAUGAUGCGGCGCUUUCUGCGUAAUACAAAAGCAUCUGUAAUAAUUUUCCUUUCCAUCUGACGGAACAAACACCAAGUAGUUUAGGUAUUCAUAGUGACUUCCAGGCCUUGAUUCCCCCCUUUAAUGAGAUGAUGCAGAU